AUGCCGUCCCCGCCCAUAAAGGAGCUGGAGGAGGCGCGGAGCUGGGAGGGGGCCCACGACGUGCGGCCGCUGGACCGGAACGUGCGGCGCUGGACGGGGCUGCUGCUACCCAACAACCCCCCAUACAACACGGGCGCCUUCCGCUUCGAGCUGACCUUCUCUCUCAACCACCCGAUGGAGCCCCCCUGCGCCACCCUCCGCACCCCCAUCUAUCACCCCAACGUGGACCUCGAGGGCCACGUCUGCCAGCCCCUCACCACCCACGUGUACUGGAAGCCCACCACCCGCGCCAUCCAAGUGCUCCAGGACCUGCUGCUGCAACUGGACAGGCCCGACCUCCAGCAGGCGCUGCGGCCGGACGUGGCCCGGGAGAUGCAGGAGCGUCCCGAGGAGUUCCGGCGCCGGGCAGAGGAACACACCCGUCUCCACGCCGAGCCGCGCCCCGACCCCCAUAUAUGA